CUACACUUUCCAGCAGCUCGAUCAGUUGCAGUUGUGAGGCUAGCGAGGUAGCAUACGCACGGUCGCCACUGCUGAUAGAGCAUAAAUAUUCGCCCGCUGAAGACAGCAGUAGAGUAGACGCGAGCCUACGCGAACUGGUCUGGUUCGCAGCGCCAGGGAAGAGCCCCGCAAGAAGGAGAAACUACUGGACUGUGUUGUUUUUUGUUUUUACGUCGUCUGCUGGAGCUGGCGGUUGUUUGUAGCUGUUCACCUCUAGAAUCUGUGGUACCUAGCCGAUUGGUAGUGCUUCCGAGCGCGCCCAGGAACCUUACCAAGAGUUCACUACUGAAAACAAAAAAUAAAACAAAUCAGUGUCCUUUAAGCGUUGGUUACAACCGCAGGUAGCGCCACUUUCCGUUAGGAGUGAGAUUAUAACAGUUAGAGCAAACCCGAGAGUAGUGAUUACGAACAACAGUUGGAAAAGUCUCCUGACAACAGCCAGACAUACAAGCGAACAGUGAUUGUAGUUUUAUCAGCAACGAAACUGUGAUUAUAUUUAGUUUAUCGCAAUUUUACGGCAUCGAAAAACAACAAGUAGCAGCUGCCAUUACUGUUUACGAAAUUCGCUCAUCAUCUCCAAAAACAAGCGUCUAACUUGGUGACAACUGACUGGUGUAGUUCGGUGUUUUAUUGCUUCUCCUGUUGACCCCCGUUGGUUUCGAUUUGAAUGUGUACUGUGGAACUCUACUGGAUCGAUUUCAUUUUCAUCUUCAACAAGAAUUGUUCCAAAUUGAUCAUCCCGGUGUACUACGAGAUCAUUCUGCUCUGUUGUAGGCUGAUAAUCAGAGGAAAGCCCAAAGAUGCGACCAGUAUCGGUUAGACGGGUUUGCUCCCCGUUGAUGGUCCUAGUGCUAGUGACAUUGAUCUCGGUCCUUACGCGCCAUGCGCGUGCCACGCCGAUAGCGGCAGCGGCCGCCAGCAAUGAUGCCCACAACAGUGAGGACUUUAUCCAGCACCUCACCCGAUCCCGGUACUGUGGCCGUAGGCUAACGGAAACCUUGAUGGUACUUUGCCAAGGCCGCUAUCCUAUGAUGGGUCACCACAGAUCAGAUUACGCUGAUGAGCCCCAACCUUCGGUGGACUUUGAGGAAACCACCCAACCCGAAAACCACAAGCAAGGGUUCCCAUACUCUCGAUCGUCCGCUCAUCGGCGGGUCCGACGAUCCGGCAUCUACGACGAGUGCUGUAAGAAAAGUUGUUCGUACAACGAGCUGCGAAGCUACUGCGAAUAAGUAUGCAACGGUAUAGGGCUUGGACGGAAGGACGAAUGGGUUCUUCCGGAGCCUCUGCGCACUCGUGAUGGGGGGUGACAGAGAAGAACUCACGGUGACGAAGGGAAGCCACCCUGGUGGUAGGCUGUUUGGGUAUCUCAGGCGCAUCGACCACCACAAAAUGGACAAAUGGGUGCGUGAGUUCGAUUUAAUAACAGUUUCUUUAUGGUACAAACAAAAACAAAAUCGGUUCCAACGGCCUGGAAACUACUAGACGAAUUUAGUUUUGAUUUCUUUUUUCUUAAUUCUACCUUUUUUUAACUGAGAAUAAUUCAAUUGUAUUUAUUGAAUAUACAUAUUCAUAUAUAAAUAUUUUUAAAUAGCCUAAUGAGCAAACACCACUACGAAUUUUUCAAUAAGUAAUAAGUUUAUUCUCUUAAUCUUAUGUAUUUAUUACUACUCGGAACGCAGCAUUCGUCCGGGCUGCAGUGGGAAAAAUAUCUCGAAAGUUAUAGUCACUACACACCGCAUGAAUUCAGAAUUGCCAUUCAUUUCAAUCAUUCUAAAUUUAUUCCUGUUAGGCUGUCCAAAAUCUAAAAAUCAACCCCGCAGCAUUUUCCAAUUUUCAAAAUUCAAUCAAAUCAUCAGUAUGCUGGUAAGCUCCUUCAUUUUUCAUCUGCGCCUAUUAUUUUUUCUGUCUUAGUUUGUAAGUUAUCUCGAAUGUGAUCAUAUCGUUUUGUAUAGAAAAAAUAACCGAAUGAAAAUUGUAUGAUAAUUAUCUUCGAAUACGAUUUUUGCUUAUGAAUUUGA